UAUAUGGGCAACACUGUAGCAAUUGACCUGGCAUUCAAUUGCCUUAAGGUUUUGUUUACGCGUUUGUCAUAAUAAUAGAGAAUCAUAUCAAAUAGUAGCUAAAAAUUAUUAAACAAUGUCCAAAAUACGCGAUAGGAGACUGCGGUUUAGCAUCGAACAGGAUUUGCAGCUUCUUAGGGAAGUGAUCAGGCAAAAUCCCUUCGAGGAGGUGGACAGAUGGACAAAAAUACAUGAAAACUUCGUCAAUGAAUGUAACGUGCCUUUUUCGCUACGUACAUGCAAAGAACACGCAACUCAUCUGCUAAAUCUCCACUUGAAAGAUGCCUUGAAGGUACGCCCCAGAGAAACCGACGACGACUUUGCCGAAAAAAAGAAAUAUUUGGAUCAAAUUGUCGACAUCAGAAGGCAGUUUGGUUUAGAGAAAACGUCCCGCAGGGGUUCCCGACAUGCAAACUCUUGGGAAGAAGAAUUUUCCACAUCGACAGUGAAAAAGGAACUAACGCGUUUUGUAAAAGAAGAGGACAGCGAUGACGAUUUCUAUUGGGAUGAAGAGAACGAGCGAGAAAAAAAGGAAAAGGAACGGGAAGCGAAAUCAACCGAGGAGAAGGAACGAGACAGUAAAGAUGUCGAGGGAAAACUGAGAAAGCAAGCGCUGGCUCUGGCAGAACGCAAAUUGGCUCUUAGAACCAUGAGCCUCAAACUGGAGGAAGAAAAGCUGGAGUUAGAUAUGCUGGAAAGAACCGCCAGAUUAGAAAUGGAAAGGGCCGAAAGGGAGGCCUAUAGGCAAGUUGCCAUGCACAAUCAGUCAAUAAUCACAGCGCUGAUGGACAGGUACAACAGAGGCAAUGGAGGGAAUAAUCUCUGCAUUUUGUAACAUGCAUAGGAGGGUCAUUGUAUCAACGGUUUUAUUGGCAUUAAGAUUAUAUAUAAAAUGGUAUUAUGAUAUAAGUAUUCUACAGAUUGCAGCAGAUUUGGUAAGACUCGAAUAAGCGUUACAGUGAGGAAAUGCACGAGAAUCUACUUAUAUAACAGUGGGAAUAAAUAAUUUGUUAUCAGA